AUGACGUAAGUGUUUUUUUUGUCAAGGGGAUGUGCUUCUUAUUUAUUCGUCUCCAUGAGGAUUCGUUGUUUUUUCACGGGGUUUUAUAUUAUACUCGGGUCGCUUUCGGAGAUGGUUUAUAUAUUAGCUAACAACUUGAAAAAUUGAAUAUUUUUAUUUUUUAUAGUGUGGUAAUGGACUUGAUAAAGGUUUAAAGAGGAAACUGCUUUAAGAAAGUUAUGAUUUGUGAUUUUUGAUGUUGUACUUGAAGAUCUGAUGAGGAAGGUCAAAUUUAGAUGUUUUUGAUAGAGUUAUGUUGUAAAAAAUUGAUUAAAAGAGCACUCAGAGGUUGUUUAUUCUUUUUAAACCGGGAACUUUGAGAUGAAUUGAUGAUUUGACCCUUUUUUCAUUUUAAUAUCUAUUAUCUAAAUUAAUAUCUAUUAUGCACUCAAUAACCCCCUCGAUGUUUCAGAUCGGUAACCACCACGACGCGCAAGACCCCAGCGUCUCAGCGACCGGCCGCAGGCGACAAACGACGUCGGAUCCAGAAGGAGCCCGCCUCGAAACAUCCCCCACCCCCGCCGAAAGUCGAAAAAGACGAGGUAAAGGAGCCCGAACAGCUCAAAGACGAAGAUCCCUCGCAGCAAGUCGAUGAAUUCGGGGUCACCGACUGGUUUGCCGAAAAUUGGAAACCCAACUUCCGGUGAGAACGUUUAUUUUUUUCUAUUGUUUCGGUAUUUAGGUAUGAAGAGGGAGAUUUUUAUUUUUUCUGGAAGUUUUUUUUGCAUGAAGAGUGUAAUUCGUUCCCCGAACCGUUCGUUGGUUGGUGGAGAGGUUUGAUUGCAAAAACCAGGUUUUUUCAUAGCUUGAGGGGUUUGUGGACCAACCAGUAUCAUGGAUAACAUAUUUUUUGUCUUAUUUUAGAAAGUUUUGGUUGUUUAUCGAUUUUAAUUGAUGGGAAAUGUUUUAUUGGACCUUGAUUUGGAUGUUAGAGCGGAAAAUAUUUUUGGACCAAUGUUUGUCGUAUAUAACAUUACUGUUGUCACGUUUUUUGCUAUCAUUCUCAUCUUGCAUCCUUUCAGUACUUCAUUUCCACUGGCCAAUUCGCUAGACCGCACCCGCGUCCUUAAUGAAUACAUCCACCUAAUUCAACGAUACCGAGCUCGUGUGGAUAAAGUGGAAGCCAGCCCAAAACGAGUCCCAAAUCCCCAAACCCAAACCAUCCAGGAGUUGGAGAAGGAGCUCGAGAAAUGCGACGCCGAAUUGGAUUCGCUAAACAAAAAGCGAGAGAAUACGAACGAAACGAAAAAGGAACUUAUGGCCCGUUACAAGGCCUUGUACCGAGAAGAAGACGAGGAAAGAAAGCGGAAAGAAGCGCUGCUCACACAGUUUGAUGCGUUUAGCACCUUGUUUGCUGGAAACCCUCAGGCAUUAAGUCAAGCCCAGAAUUUGUUAUUGUCUUCCGGACUGACUUCAGGCCUUGAUUCAGCGUCGCCUGGCCUAAACACGUCUCAAAAACCGAAUGGAAACAAUUCAGCUAAUGGACUUGGCCAAAAUCAGCAAAAUUUGUCAACAAAUCAGCAAAAUAUUGGACAAACUUUGGCAAGUCAAAUGAAUUCGUCGAACCCAUCGACUGCAGCGACCCUGGCUAGCCUGGCGCAGAGUCUGAACACACAAACCACAUCCGGACUUGGUCAGAAUUCAAUGGCUGACACUUUAUUGGGUCUCAACUCGAAUUCAGCCAACCAAAAUCAGACGCUGAGUUCGGGUAGUAUAACACAAGGAAUCAGCAAUGUCUCAGAUCUCCAGAACCUGGCCAAUCAAGCCAGCAUAGCACAGACUUUGGCCAAUCAAGCCAGUUUAGUCCAGAGCUUGGCCAACACGCAGAAGUUGGGACAAGGUUUGUCGAAUCCAAGUCUGGCCCAAGGACUGGGCGCUAAUUUCGCUCUGGGACAGAGCCUCAACCCACCAACGAAUUUUGCAUCCCCAUCGACCCCAAGGAGAAAUGCAACGCCCAGCGGGGACAAUCCAUCGGCCAGCAGGAAAUCGUAUUCACCGGAAAGUCAGAGAAAGCAAAAAAUGAAUUUGAACCCGAAUUUGGAAAAGUUGUACAACUUGUUUGGAUAUGAUAACAAGGAAUUGAGCUCAGCUGAGAGUCUUAAUGCUAACUAUGUAAGUUGUUUUAAAUUUUUGAUUUGGUUUUUAGGCAGAAAAAUGAGGAGAACAUUAUUUUAGAUGGUCUAAAAUAAGAUGAGUUGUUUUGAUGAGAAGUCUUGGUGGUAUUAGGCCUAAUAGACUUAAUUUGAAGCACUAGGUCUAUUGUAGUCAUCUACACUGAAGUUCCACAGGGAGCUGUGAGGGUUUUUGAGAAUACGGACAUUAUUUUAGAUCAAGUCAUAUGUCCAAUUUUUUAGCAAAACCUUGUCCAACAACAACAGCGACAACAAGCCCAACAAAACCAGAGAAAUUUGGCCAGUAGCCCAUACAUGCGUGAAUUUGCAUCCCCGAUCCAACAACAAUUGCGACAGCAGCAGCUUCAACAAAAGCAAGCCCAACAAGCGCAGGCCCAAGCGUUCUCCGCUCAAAACCAGACAAACCCAACACUUCAAGCGCUGUCACAGCUCCAGAAUCCAGCAGCUCUGCAGUACUCGGGCGUCAGAGGAUUCAAUGCGCACGCUUUGGCGGCUCUAUCAAAUCCUCUUCAGAAUUUGAACAACUCCGCUUUGCUCCAAGAAUUCGCGAAUAUGGCCCAAGCAAACCGCUUCCAAAUGGCUCAACAGCAGCUACAGGGAGCUAGUAGCGCUGCGGAUAUUUUGAAUGUGAGUUUUUACAGUGAGAUAUUUAUUUACAAGCGGUUUUUGAUAUUAUACGGAGCAAAAAAAGGUGUUUGAAUUCUUUUUGAAUUUUAUGCAUGCUUUCUGUAAAGUACAUGUUUUUAGAUGGCCAAGAAUAGAAACUCCCCACUGCCAUCACAAUCCACCCAAUCCAAGCCUCAGCUGCAGCAACAAGCCCAACGAAAAGUCAGCACAACCCAAUUUGCGACUCAAAAUCCUGCGGCCAAUGUGGCGCGACUUCAACAACUCCAAGGAAUGCAAAAUUCACCCCAACAACGAAGCUCAACCCCUCAGUUUGCAGUUCCGAACCUCCCUGGCCAACCAAAAAUGCCACCAAGGCCACAUUCGACAUCAAGGGGAAAUGGUAAGAAGAGAUUUUUUUGA